AUGCAUAUUUUACUUACGAACGAUGAUGGGCCACCAGAUGACAAGACAAGCCCUUACAUUAAGUACUUCCUAGAUGAGGUACAAAAAUCAACGGACUGGAAAGUGACGAUUGUAGUCCCAAACCAACAGAGAUCGUGGAUUGGAAAAGCACAUUUUGCUGGUCGCGUGCUUGAUGUUACCUACAUCUAUACUUUACCUAGUACGGAGAGCCACGACGAGGAGAUCAACUCAUUUGAAGGCCCUUUUGCGGAGCGGAAUGAAUCCUUACGCCAAACACACCAAGAGUGGCAUCUCGUCAAUAGCACUCCAGCUGCCUGUGCCGAUUUGGGAUUACACCACUUAACAUCACAUGAUGAGCCUAUAGAUCUCGUCAUCAGUGGACCGAACUAUGGCAAGAAUUCAGGGAAUCUUUAUAUUCUUGCAAGCGGAACAGUUGGUGCCGCCAUGGAGGCAGUCACACACGGUGCGAAGGCGAUUGCCCUCUCUUACGAAUUUCGAAGUCAAGUGAAUGAUCACAAUCAGUUGAAAGAAGCUGCAAAGCUUUCACUCAAGAUUGCGAAGAAGCUUCAUGAAAACCUCACCGAAAACUUCGAAGUAGAUCUUUACAGCGUCAAUAUUCCAUUGAUCCCAUCUCUUGACUCCAAUAACACCAGUGUGAUGUAUGCGCCGAUUCAAAACAAUUGUUGGAAACUGAUUUAUGCACCUCUUGGUAAUGGAAAAUAUGGCUGGGCACCGGAUUUCAAGCAGGUUUACAAGGAUGGUCUAGUUGAUGCGAACUAUUCGGACAACAGAGUUUUACUCAAUGACAGUGUCAGUGUGACACCUCUCAAGGCUGCUUUUCAAGCGGUAGAGCCAUUAGUCGGGGAUGUGUUUCAAAAGAACUAUUCACUGCUGAAUGUGGACAGCCAUGUCCCAAGAAACAUAUUCUUGAUCACAACGUCAUCAAAUGGUUACAUAUAUGACCUUUUGGUUUCAGCUUUUAAAAAUCGAGGCUUCGAAAUUUCCAACUCGAGGCGUAUCUUGGAGGAUAUAAAAGACGAUGCGCAAUUGAAAGUAUUUCAUUAUGGCGAAUAUGAAGAGCUUGAUAUAGACUUGCUACAAUCUCAUCCGAAGCAAUACUUCAUCUCGUCGUUCAUAUAUCGCAAAGCGCUUAUAAGGAAACAUUAUCUCGCUAACACGGUGUUGCAUUAUUGCGCAAAAUUUCCAGAUUCAAUUCUCAAACGUGCUCUUCCAGAGGCAUACCUGAUUGAAGUCGAUUAUGCAGAAUUUUUGGAUGACGCUUUGGAUGAGGCGUUUGAAUUAAGACAAGAAUUGGAGACUUCAAAAAAAACAUGGAUUCUCAAACCCAGUAUGGCAGACAAAGGCCAAGGGAUUCGCUUAUUCAGAAACAUAGAAGAGCUCCAAGCAAUCUUCGAAUCGUUUGAGGAAGACGUACACGAAUCAGAUGACGAAGGUGAACAAGAAGGUAUUAUGGUUUCUCAACUUCGCCAUUUCGUGGUUCAAAAGUAUCAGGAAAAUCCACUUCUUCUUCAAUUCUAUAAUAAUCGCAAGUUUCAUUUGAGGGUUUAUGUUGUUGCGGUUGGUGAUAUAAGUGUUUUCGUUUAUGAAGAAAUUCUCACCCUCUUUGCAGAACUGACUUACACGGGCGUAUCAGAUCUCGAGGACUUGACUUCACACUUGACUAAUACCUGUCUCCAAGAAGGAAAGAACCCAUUGGUGAUUCCUUUUUGGCAAUUAUCUGAAUUGGGUUCUAGUGAGAAACACGAAAUUUUCGAUCAGGUCAAAUGCAUAACUGGCGAGCUUUUUAAGGCUGCAACGAGUGUUGAUAAAAUUAACUUUCAGCCAUUGGAAAAUGCAUUAGAAUUCUACGGGCUUGACUUUUUGGUGGACGAAGACCAUUCCGUCAAGCUUUUGGAGGUAAAUGCUUAUCCUGAUUUCAAGCAAACAGGUCAUGAGUUGAAAAACAUUAUUGAAAAGCUCAUGACUUCCAUUGCUCAUUUAUCAGCAAAACAGUUUUUUGCGGAAUCAUUGCAAGACGAGCUGAAUGUGUUGCACUUGGUUUUCAGAAAAGAUACUCAUCCUCCAAAUCAUUCUAGAUAG